AUGAGCGAUGAGGAGGUGUCACCUAAUUGGACUCCGCAGGAGAAGGCAUUACACGAAGCCAAAAUGAAAGCCAAGGCCAAGCGCCGGCUCCGCCGAACCUCCUCCCGGGACUCCGCCAAGGGAAUCGGAGAGCGCAGAAUGCACCGUGGAACCGGUCAGCCCGCGGGGAAAGGUCAACGACCGCAAAUCACGUAUGGGCAAGGGGCGGGGCCUGCCGAAGAAAGGGGGAGCUGGUGGAAAGGGGGUCUGGGGGGCCCCAGGACAGAUCUACAGUUACCAGGAACCAGAUAUCCGGGACCCCAACUAUGACGAGUCUGCCCAGGGUGACACGGUGUACCAGAAGGUGGUGCCGGAGCUGGACGAGGCAGAACUCCAGAAGGCGGUCCAUCCCAUGGUGCAGGAGUACUUUGAACACGGGGACACUGGGGAGGUCAUAGCUCUCCUCCGUGGGCUGAAUUUGGGCGGUCAGAGGCCAGAGGUCCCCCGUCUGGCUGUGUCUCUGUCCCUGGAAGGAAAGGCAAGCCAUCGGGAACUGACCUCCCGUCUCCUGUCCGAUCUGCUGGGCAAAGUGCUGACUGAAGAGGACAUGGCUCGGGCCUUUGACAGGCUGCUCAUCAACUUACCUGACCUUAUCCUGGACACUCCUGAGGCUCCACAGAUGCUCGGACAGUUCAUCGCUCGUGCUGUGGCUGAUCACGCAUUGCAUCUUAAUUUCCUGGACCGAUACAAGGGACGCGUUGACUGUGAUCAUGCGCGGGCUGCCUUGGACCGCGCCGCCGUCCUUCUUAGGAUAAAGAGAGAGAUCAUCCGGCUGGACAACGUGUGGGGAGUCGGAGGAGGACAGAGACCUGUGAAACAUCUCGUCAAAGAGAUGAACCUUCUCCUCCAGGAGUUCCUAUCAUCGGGUCAGAUGUCUGAGGCGGAGCGAUGUCUGCGGGAUCUGGAGGUGCCCCACUUCCACCACGAGCUCGUUUAUGAGGCGGUGGUCAUGGUGUUGGAAGGCUCAGCCGAGGGCCACGUCAUGAUGGUGGUGAAGUUGUUGAAGGCGUUGUAUGAUAGCGGUCUGAUCACCCUGGACCAGAUGAACCGGGUAACGUGUCCUCAUGUCUACCAUCAUGUGUUACAUGCGUGUGCUGAGCUCGGUGCUCACUCUUCCGUGUCCUGCAGGGGUUCCAGCGCGUCUACUCGGAGCUUCCUGAUCUCAGCCUGGAUGUACCAAAUGCCCAGAACGUCAUGGAGAAACUGGUGGACCUGUGUUAUCAGGAGGGGGCCAUCACCCAACAGCUGCGGGACCAGUGUCCGGUCAGGUGUGUGUGAGGGGGGGGAGCUUAGAGGAGGCGUCCUUCCUGUACCUGAGGAUUGA